AAGACGGGAAUAAUGAAUCAUGUGCCGGCUAUAGUGUUCUACAACUAUUGUCUAUUAAAACGGAAUUGAGUCUUCAAACAUUCAUUCUAUUCUUAUUAGAUAUUCUAGAUUUACAUAACCAGGAGAGUGGGGAAAAAACAAGAGGGGUGAUGGGGUUUGGUGGUCUUUUGAGGAGCUUGCUGUGUUUGCAGUUAUGGUAACAAUAAUGGCAACUUCAGUAGCAGCUCAACCAAAACCUGGGUGUCAAAGCCACUGCGGAAACAUAAGCAUCCCAUACCCUUUUGGUACACGCAAUGGUUGCUACAUCAGCAGCGACUUCUUCAUUAAUUGUGACACCUCUUUUAACCCCCCAAAAGCAUUCUUAAGCGACAGUGUUUUAGAAGUUCUCAACAUCUCCCUGGAUGAUGGUUCUUUGCGCAUUCGGUAUGACAGCUCCAUAGGUUAUAACUGUUAUAAUUCAUCAGGGCGCACUUCAGAUCCCAAUAUCGGAUUCUUAAUUAAAAUAUUCCCCGUAUCUCAUACCAGAAACAAGUUCACUGCCAUUGGUUGUGACACUAUCGCCUACAUCGAUGGUUUAUCCGCAGCUGACUCUUCACACAGAAAUUUUAAAGAAAAGAACUUUUCAACCGGAUGUUUAACAUUUUGUGGUGACGAGGGCGAUGUGAUAAAUGGGUCUUGCUCCGGCAUUGGCUGCUGCCAGACGGCUAUCCCUAAAGGACUGGGGGCUUAUUACUUUCGUUUUCAUAGCUCUCGGAACCAUUCCACAGUGUUGACGUUCAAUCCUUGCAGCUAUGGAUUUCUUGUGGAAAAUGGAACCUACACCUUCUCUCCAUCAGAUCUUUCCAACACAAAUUUCAGCAAAAGGAAAUACCCACUUAUUCUUGAUUGGACAAUCGGGAAUCAAAAUUGUAAACAAGCUAAAAUGGACCCAAAAGAUUAUGCUUGCAAGCAAAAUAGUGCUUGUAUAAAUCCAGAAAGUGGCCCUGGAUAUUUGUGCAAGUGUAAUGAUGGUUUUCAGGGUAACCCUUAUCUCUCCAACGGCUGCCAAGAUAUUGAUGAAUGUGAGACACUGAAGCCGUGCAAUAAAUUUGGAACGUGUCAUAAUACACCUGGAAGCUACAAUUGUUCAUGCCCUCAUGGGUUCAAGGGUGAUGGCCGGAAAAAUGGAACAGGUUGCCAUCGUACAUUCAAGCCGCGGAACAGUAAGAGGUUUCGCAUUGUUGCUGUUGCACUAGGUUCGCACAUUUCAAUUAAAUGCUCAUUACUUUCUUUAUAUUUUAGACAGGAAGGUGUUUUCUUUUUCAAUCCAGGUUUAAUAUUUAUUAUACUAUUCGGUGCGAGUUUUGUUCAGCCACAUGUUGGGUUAAGUUUAGGGAUCUUAUUUCUAAUUGUCGGGGUAUGGUGGCUUUAUAAGAUACUGCAGAGAAGAAAGUACAUUAAACUCAAACAAAAACUCUUUGAAAGAAAUGGUGGAUUAUUGUUUCAGAGAAAGAUGUCUUCAAAUGAAGGUGGUCUAGAUAAGGCUAAACUCUUCAGUUCUAAAGAGUUGGAAAUAGCUACUGAUAAAUAUAAUGAGAACAGAAUAUUGUGUUGUGGUGGCCAAGGCAUGGUUUAUAAAGGAAUGUUGUUUGAUGGGAGAAUUGUUGCAGUAAAGAAGCCCAAGACUGUAAACGAAGGGUAUCUUGAACAGUUUAUCAAUGAGAUCUUUAUUCUUUCUCAAAUUGAUCAUAGAAAUAUUGUCAAGCUAUUAGGUUGUUGCUUGGAGACCGAAGUGCCCCUCCUUGUUUAUGAGUUCAUCCCUAAUGGAACCCUUUCUCAUCUCAUCCAUGACCAAAAUGAAGAGUACCCGAGGUCGUGGGAUAUACGAUUACGCAUUGCAGCAGAAGUUGCGAAUGCCAUUUCUUACUUGCACUCAUCUGCAUCCAUCCCCAUUUAUCACCGAGAUAUUAAGUCUAGUAACAUACUACUAGAUGAAAAGUUUCGGGCAAAAGUAUCAGACUUCGGAACAUCGAGAUCAGUCGGCAUCGAUCAAACUCAUUUGACAACUAAAGUGCUUGGGACUUUUGGGUAUCUAGAUCCUGAAUACUUCCAGUCAAGUCAUUUUACUGAAAAGAGUGAUGUUUAUAGUUUUAGAGUGGUUAUUGUCGAGCUUUUAACGGGUAAAGAGGCAAUCUUGACGUUCGGAUCGCAAGAAAAAAGGGGCUUAGUCUCGUAUUUUAUGUCGUCGAUGGAAGAAAACCAUUGGUUGGAUAUUGUCGAUGUUGAAAUUGGGAAGGAUGGUCAAAAGGAUGAAGUAGUAGCAGUUGCUGAACUUGCGAAAAGAUGCUUGAACUUAGAUGGGAGAUAUAGACCAACAAUGAAAGAAGUGGCCAUGGAACUCGAGAGAUUUAGAACUCGACAAGGUGAUUGCAUCCCCAUUGACCAUCCUAAACAAGCUGAGGUCGUUGUAAGAAAAUCGGCUGAGCGAUGGGAUUUCAACUCGUUCUCAACGGAGCAUAGCACGAAUUGCAGCAUAACAUCUACAUCAGAAUCAGAAUCAGGUGGUCUUCCACUUAUGUUAGAAUCCACAUGA